AUGCCCCUGCCAUAUGCAGAGGCUGUACGGCUGGUCGAAGAGGAGGCGCAAUGCCAGCGCCAGCACAAGCCCUCCCCAAGCGAAUCCUGUUCGAUAUACAACGCAUGCGACCGGGUAGUCUCGACAACAAUCUACAGCCCAAUUUCUACUCCGCAAUAUGACACCUCUGCGAUGGAUGGCUUUGCGCUGAGCGCGGCCGCAACAGAAAACGCAAGUGCUGAGACCCCAGUCAUAUUCGAAGUCACCGCCACGACGACUGCUGGGGAUAAGCCGCAUUCCACAGUUGACGAUCUCAGGGAUGGAGUUCCCCCUUGCCUGGAAAUCAUGACAGGGGCUCCGUUUCCCCUUGGGUUGGAUCGAGACUGGUAUGAUUGCUGUGUGCCUGUUGAGGAUGUUGUCGUGACCGAGAACAAAUUCUCGACUCGUCGGUACAUCGCGGUCUCGAAGCCUGCAAGACACUUCCAGCAUAGAAGGUUUGCUGGGGGAGACUUCAGGAAGAGGGACGUCAUUAUUGAAGCUGGAGAGAGUGUGCUGCCGCAGCAUGUUAUGGCAAUGGCAUCGGUCGGACUGACGCACGUUCCAGUCCUGCGCAGGCCUCGAGUGGCUAUUUUCUCGACAGGCUGUGAGCUUUUAUCGCCGGACGCACUCAGUAAACCUCAUGAUUUCAUGAUCCACGAUGCCAAUGGGCCAUAUCUGACGACGAUGCUCCGAAGACGGGGAGUUGAUGUCGACUUUCGCGGCGUCCUCCGAGACAGCCCAGAAACCAUGCAGGAUGCCAUUUCAACGGCGCUGGAUAAGAGUCGCCCUUACACUGUCGAGUCCAGUUACAAACGGGCUUUCGCAGUGCAAUGGCAUGAAGGGUUCAGUGCUAUCAUUCCGCAAAAACCCAGACAUAUUCCGACCGGGCAUAUUGACGCCGAAUAA